CGAGGCGAUGGCCGCCUACGUGGACGAGCACGGGACGAUGGCGAGGGAGGGAACGAGGAAGCCGACGUACUUGGUGGAGUUGGCGGACGACAUUGUAAAGGAGAGCAUGCGACGGGGCUCGCGGGACAACAUCACCGCCCUGGUUGUGCGUCUGCGUGCCCCCGACGGAGGGGAACGGAGAACCUUGUUCUCUUGA